AUGGCUGCCGCAGCCGCUUCCCAUCUGAACCUGGAUGCCCUCCGCGAAGUGCUGGAAUGUCCCAUCUGCAUGGAGUCCUUCACUGAGGAGCAGCUGCGGCCCAAGCUCCUACACUGUGGUCACACCAUCUGCCGCCAGUGCCUGGAGAAGCUACUGGCCAGUAGCAUCAAUGGCGUCCGCUGUCCCUUUUGCAGCAAGAUCACUCGCAUAACCAGCCUGACCCAGCUGACGGACAACCUGACCGUGCUGAAGAUCAUUGACACAGCUGGCCUCAGUGAGGCCGUGGGGCUGCUCAUGUGCCGCUCCUGUGGGCGCCGACUACCCCGGCAGUUCUGCCGGACCUGUGGUGUGGUGUUGUGUGAGCCGUGCCGGGAGCUGGACCACCAGCCUCCUGACCACUGCACGCUCCCUGUGAAAGAGGCAGCUGAGGAGCGGCGUCGGGACUUUGGGGAGAAGUUGGCUCGUCUGCGGGAGCUUAUGGGGGAGCUACAGCGGCGGAAGGUCGCCUUGGAAGGUGUCUCUAAGGACCUUCAGGCAAGGUAUAAAGCGGUUCUCCAGGAAUACGGGCAUGAGGAGCGCAGAGUGCAGGAGGAGCUGGCUCGCUCCCGGAAGUUCUUCACAGGCUCCCUGGCUGAGGUCGAAAAGUCCAAUAGCCAAGUGCUGGAGGAGCAGAGUUACCUACUUAACAUUGCGGAAGUGCAGGCUGUGUCUCGCUGUGACUACUUCCUGGCCAAGAUCAAGCAAGCUGAUGUCGCACUCCUGGAGGAGACAGCUGAUGAGGAGGAGCCAGAGCUCACUGCCAGUCUGCCCCGGGAGCUCACCCUGCAGGACGUGGAGCUCCUCAAGGUAGGUCAUGUUGGCCCACUCCAAAUCGGGCAGGCGGUUAAGAAGCCCCGGACAGUCAACAUGGAAGAUUCCUGGGCCAUGGAGGCUGCGGCCUCUGCUGCCUCCGGCUCUGUUACAUUUAGAGAGAUGGACAUGAGCCCUGAGGAAGUGGUUGCCAGCCCUAGGUCCUCUCCUGCUAAGCAGCGCGGUUCGGAGACGGCUUCCAGUAUUCAGCAGUGUCUCUUUCUCAAGAAGAUGGGGGCCAAAGGCAGCACCCCAGGCAUGUUCAACCUUCCAGUCAGUCUCUAUGUGACCAGUCAAGGGGAAGUGCUCGUGGCUGACCGUGGCAACUACCGUAUACAGGUCUUUACCCGCAAGGGCUUCCUGAAGGAGAUCCGCCGCAGCCCCAGCGGCAUCGAUAGCUUUGUACUGAGCUUCCUUGGCGCUGAUUUGCCCAAUCUUACUCCUCUCUCAGUGGCCAUGAACUGCCACGGACUGAUUGGUGUGACUGACAGCUAUGACAACUCCCUCAAAAUAUACACCUUGGAUGGCCACUGUGUGGCCUGUCACCGGUGCCAGCUGAGCAAACCAUGGGGCAUCACAGCCCUGCCAUCUGGCCAGUUUGUGGUAACUGACGUGGAAGGUGGUAAGCUCUGGUGUUUCACUGUGGACCGGGCAGCAGGGGUAGUCAAGUACAGCUGCCUCUGCAGUGCCGUGCGGCCCAAGUUUGUCACCUGUGAUGCUGAGGGCACUGUCUACUUCACCCAGGGCUUAGGCCUCAACCUGGAGAACCGGCAGAACGAGCACCACCUGGAGGGUGGCUUUUCCAUCGGCUCUGUGGGCCCGGACGGGCAGCUGGGUCGUCAGAUCAGCCACUUCUUCUCGGAGAAUGAGGAUUUCCGCUGCAUUGCUGGCAUGUGUGUGGAUGCCCGUGGUGACCUCAUUGUGGCUGACAGCAGUCGCAAGGAGAUUCUCCACUUUCCUAAGGGUGGAGGCUAUAGUGUCCUUAUUCGGGAGGGGCUCACCUGCCCAGUGGGCAUUGCCCUCACUCCUAAAGGGCAGCUGCUGGUCUUGGACUGUUGGGAUCAUUGCAUCAAGAUCUAUAGCUACCACCUGAGGAGAUAUUCCACCCCAUAG